AUGUCGGACCGCAGCCUGAGCCUCGCGCUCCCCGUUCCUGUGGUGUUGCCCAAGUUCGCAGAGUUCAAAGCUGCCGACUCAACCGUCAGGUCAAAGAUUACGGGAAUCAGCGAUUCAGCCCAAUCCUCAACCAAUGGCCUUGCAUCCGACAGCUUUUACGAUAGGAUGCACAUGGAGAUUGAUGACGAUGUUCGCAACAUGUGUGCCAAACUCUCUGAGGCGAUAUCUGAAUUUCCGGAAACUAGUGAAGAGCUCUCACAUUUGUUGGCAAGGUUGAGUGAUGCAUACCACAUGCCUAAAGGCACGGCUUUACUCGCAGCUUUCCUUGGAAUGAUGGGUGUCGGUAAGAGCACAUUGAUCAACGCGCUCUUCGGUCGCGUGCUCGUCACAAACUCUGGUGGUGUGUUGGCAUGCACUUCGAUUCCGACAGUCAUAAUAUGGAAGAAAGGCACUAUGGACAACACGAAGCUUAGCGAUUUGGCUAUCCAGCUGUUUACUGAAGAGCAAUAUCAGGACUGUGUCAGAGAACAGAUCAACCGCUGGACCGAAUGGUACGCUCAUUCAUCCAAGAGCAAGCAGAUCGUGAGAUACGAAGACGAAGGCAGCCUUUCUGAAGCUCAUAUUUUCCAAGAGUACUCCAAAUCCAGCGGAGAAUUCGACCGUGCUCAGCUGAAGCGUGGCGCCGACACAGCAAAAGAGUAUUUCGAAAUCAUUCUCAAUGUUCAAGAGAACGUAAUAUCAAAGCAGGCCUUGGAAGCAGUUCUCCAUAGCGACGAUAUCAAAGAGGAAGAGUUCCUUGAACGCUGUAUGACCGAGAUCCGAAAACGCUGUGUGCAGAUCACAGAGUUGGUUGCCAGCCUGAAGAAUGUCCACGAUAGAGACCUGCGGAAGCAGCGAGCGCAGAUCGAUAAAUUCUGGCCACUCGUGAAAGCAGUUUACAUCGAGACUGGUCACACCCUUUUGAGAAACAACAUCCAUGUGGUUGACUUGCCUGGGUAUGACGACAACAACCAGAUCCGGAAUGCUAUUAUCGAUCAGUUUCGCGCCAAAGCAGACAUGGAGAUUGUAGUCACACGCACAAGAGUUGCUAGUAGUGUAUCGCAAGAACACUGGCUGGAUGAGUCUAUUCGUCGGCGGGGUCCAGACAGGACGCUCUUGGUUACAAAUGGAUCUGAUGAGAUUGUCACGGGAAUAUCGACCGUGAUCGAAGAUCUAGAAGAGCAGCCGUUCACUCAUCUGAAGUACUGUCUUCAAGAUGCCAACAGGGUCGCCGAGUUUUCUGAGGGUAAUGAGGCUCUUAUUCACGAAUACAAGGAAUGUCUAUACAUGAACGCCAAGCUAGCCUUCAUCAAUCACCAGAGCAACAUUGUCAAGGCAAAGUUUGCAGACAAGGGUGUCCAUGUUCUCUUGACUUCAGCUCGAGAAGCUUUAUUACACCAAGUGCCGGACCCAACAGAGAUUCCCAAGCUAUGUAUGGCAGCUACAGGAAUCGAAACACUCAGAGGAUACUUAUUGAUGCAAACCGCUGCCUCCAAUCUGCGCACACUGCACAACCAUAUCUUCGAGGCACUUCCAGAGAUAUCGGUUGCUAUCAAUCACAUAAUAGUGAAGUUUGUCGAUGAGGACGGCUAUCGCACAAUGCGGGAGUUCCUGGCCCAAGAGCUGUGUGGUUUGCAGAAACGUCUCGACGCUCUUUCGAUUUCAACUCUGCAAGAGCGCGUCAAGGCUCCUUGGAAUGACCGGGACAUUGGACGCAAGAUUCUACCAGCACACAAAAAGACACUAGAUCCGUGGACAACAAGACAAUGGCCCUUUUGGACCUUUGCGAAGAUGCUACGGGACCAUGGAAUGCCUACCGGUGGGAUUUGCAAAGACUACAAUCUUAACCUGGAGCUUGCACGUACUAUGCAUAGCUACAUCGAUCAAUGGCACUGCACCAUGUCGUCACACCCUAAGGAAGUUACCGAGAUUUUGGAUGCACCCGUCCAAGCCAUCAUGAGAGAACUCGAAACCCAUAUCAAUCUUUCAACUGGGGACCCGGCCCUACAACGAACAGCCGCAGAUGCACACAAGACUUUGUCACGGCGAAUUGGUAUUGCAUACGGUGUCUUGCUGGCCGAGCUGAAAAAAUAUCUGAAUGAGAACUAUCUGAACUUCACAACGGAAAAGAACUUCUACUCCCCUGUAGCAGGUGUGAUGAGGCCAAUUUACGAGGCAACUCGAACCUCGACUCAACAAGGAAAGGGCGUACAUUCCAGACAAGCAUUUUACCUGCAACAAGCCGUCAUUUCACCCGAUACCGACCAGACAAAUCUGCGGGAGAAGAUAGCCAGAUCUCUGGUGGACAGCCAGUUCAGUUUCUGGGAAAAAUCAUGCAACGAGUACAUCAAAGAGGUCAUGCAUCAGUUCCAGGAAUUUCAGCGAAUCAGCGUGGAGCUCCUCGAAAAUGACGCCUGGAUAUCACCUCAACAUGCACGCAUUCGUGGUCGAUUGGAGGCUUUGCUGCCACAGUUCGAGCGUGACCUCGAGAUGAUUCAGAGCAAAUUCUUCGAAACGACCCGUCGUCCGGCUGUAAAGCCGAUUGGCAGCGAGCUUACGCAUAACUCUACACAGUCUCGGCCCUUCUUGACCAAGCCUUGUAUGCUUGAGCUUGCACUGGUAGCUACCGGAAAAGGUUCUAGCCGGGCUUUCAGCACAUCCUCAAGGCCAGUGCGCAACCUGUUCUCUCCUGUCAAGCCCACAUCUUUUCGGUCUUCCUCUAUGUUUACGAAACCUCGACGACGCGGUCAAGGCAGGAACGGUUUGUUGAUUAGCAUCAUUUCUCUCCCUUUUCUCCACUUCUUGAAAGCCUGA